AUGCACGUCACCAACGUCGGCGGUUCGUUAACCACCGCCGUGUGUCUGUCUCUCAUCGCCUGGUCCGUGCGCGUCUUGCGAAGCGCCAAGCACAGAGAUCGAGCGAGACAGCGAACGACGUCGAGCUCGCAACCGACGGUGAAAUUGAACAAACAGACGUACGGGGUGCUGAGUGCGAAAGCGUUUUGGAUGUUGGUUCAAACGAAACCGGUGAAAUACUUGCUAUUAGACGUCAGACCGAAGAGCGAGGACGGGGGGGCGACGGCGGUGACGAAGCUGAGCGACAGACUCGCCGUGACGCACAUCUUACCGGAAGAGUUGGCGAACUUGUUGCGCAAUCGUAACACACUGUGGAAGAAGAGAUUUCCAAACAUUCCCGUGCCGAGUUUAAGGACGACGAUGAUUUUUGUGAGCACGCACGGGCAUAGCUCGUCGCACGCCGCGGCGCUCGCGACGAGCCUGGGAUUCACGCGGUGCUCCAUCGUGGACGGCGGACUCGCCGCGGCGGUACCUCUAGCACACUUCGACGAACCCGCUGUGUUUUCAUCAGGGAAAGAUCGAGCUCUGAGCUUCGACGCGGUGUUACUUCUCCUGGAAACGGUGAGAGACGACGGCAAUGCGCUGGGACUAGUGAUUUUGGACAUUCGAAGGUUUGACGAGCGCGCGCUUUACGGAACACUCGAGGGGUCAACGCACGUCCCGGUGGAUCAUCUGCCCAAAGCAGUGCAUAUGAACGAUGAAGAGUGGGUGCGGAUGUUCCGAUUUCACAAGCCGACGUCGGAUAAUCUCAUCUUGUUGCAUAGCCGAAGCAGUAGUUCCGCGGCGUGGGCGAAGCAGCUGCUUUCAGACGCCGGUUUGCACAACUGCCAUUCUUACGUCGACGGCGCGUAUGCCGGUCCUGAUGGGACUUUAAGAAGUUACGAGGCAUACGAAGAGGGUGGUGCACCCCCGGAGCCGGUGAGUAUCGGACAAAGUGUGACGUUUAAUCGAACGAGCGCCGAGCGAGAGUUGCUCAACUUGAGAAUUCGUGUGUAG